AGCCCCGAGGCAGGCGCCGCCAUGGCGAGCGGGCGGGCGCGCGUGGAGUACUUGCUGAGGCGCUUGCAGUGGGCCGCAUGCCGGUGUCCAUCUCAUUCCCACACAUACUCCCAAGUUCCUGAACAUGCUGUUUUGGAGACUACAGAUUAUGCAUUUGAGAUGGCUAUUUCAAACAUUAGAUACGGAGAAGGAGUUACUAAAGAAAUCGGCAUGGACCUGCAGAAUAUGGGUGCUAGAAAAGUCUGUGUGAUGACAGAUAAGAAUCUUUGCAAGCUCCCUCCAGUAAAAAUGGUAUUGAAUUCCCUUGCAAAAAAUGGUAUAAACUUUCAAAUGUACGAUAAUGUCAGGGUGGAGCCGACUGAUCAGAGUUUCAUAGAUGCUAUCUCAUUUGCUAAGAAGGGAGGGUUUGAUGCUUACGUCGCUGUCGGUGGAGGUUCUGCAAUAGACACUUGUAAAGCAGCCAACCUGUAUGCAUCCAGCCCUGAAUCAGAGUUCCUGGAUUAUGUCAAUGCUCCCAUUGGAAAAGGGAAGGCUGUUACAGUGCCCCUUAAGCCACUCAUUGCAGUUCCUACAACAGCUGGAACUGGAAGUGAAACCACUGGUGUUGCCAUUUUUGACUACAAAGACCUAAAAGUAAAAACUGGCAUUGCUUCAAGAGCCCUUAAGCCCAUUUUGGGUAUGAUUGAUCCUCUGCACACUUUGUCUAUGCCAGAGAGAGUAGUGGCCAAUACUGGCUUUGAUGUGCUUUGCCAUGCCUUAGAAUCAUAUACUGCUCUUCCUUAUAAGAUGCGCAGUCCUUGCCCUUCAAAUCCAAUCAACCGGCCGGCUUACCAGGGAAGCAAUCCGAUCAGUGAUGUCUGGGCUCUCUGCGCGCUGCGUAUUGUGGCAAAAUAUUUGAAAAGAGCUAUCAGAGACUCUGAAGACCAUGAAGCAAGGGCUAACAUGCACUUAGCAAGUGGUUUUGCUGGUAUUGGUUUUGGAAAUGCAGGUGUUCAUCUUUGCCAUGGAAUGUCUUACCCUAUUUCUGGAUUGGCGAAGAAUUACAAAGCAAAGGAUUAUAACGUGGAUCAUUCUCUAGUGCCACAUGGACUUUCGGUGGUGCUCACAUCCCCAGCAGUGUUUGCUUUCACGGCGCAAAUGCACCCUGAGCGGCACUUGGAGGCUGCAGAGAUACUAGGAGCUGACAUCCGUACUGCCAGAAUCAAAGAUGCAGGGCUUGUUUUGGCAGACACACUCCGGAAAUUCUUGUUUGAUCUGAAUGUUGAUGAUGGCUUAACUGCACUUGGUUACUCUAAAGCUGAUAUUCCUGCACUAGUCAAAGGCACUCUGCCUCAGGAAAGAGUGACUAAAUUAUCACCACGACCCCAGACUGAAGAAGACUUAGCUGCUCUCUUUGAGGCUUCUAUGAAAAUUUAUUAGCUUCAAUAUUUUAUAAGUGUGUUCUUUAAUGGCAAAUAUAGAGGUAACUUUUUGUAGACAUGGGAGCUGUACUGGCUCUGAUAAUGACAGAAGUUGGACCCUGUCUGUUUAUGUGUAUCACUUGCUGCCAAAAGGUCAAGUAAUUUACAUUCAGCUCAGAUCUGUCUUGUGAUUUAGUAGCUCACUGUGUAUUUUUAGCUCAGUAAUCAACGGGCACCUAUACAUGUGCUAGACAUCUGCUCUGAGGCAUGCUAAUUAGCACAUAGAGCAGACUUGAUUGAGUCUGCUGGAGCGUGCUAAUUAUCACGCUCCAACAGCCUCCACGUCAUGUGUAUUCAGCGUCCCUAUGCUUCAAAAUGGCAGCGGUGGAGGCCUUUAACUAAAGCUCAUUUGACAAGCCUUAGUUAAAGCUCCCCACUGCCAUUUUGAAGCACAGAACGCUGAACACACAUGACAAUGCAAAUGCUUUAAUUAGACUGGCUCUCGAAGCCACUCUAAUUAAAAGCCCCCUCCCACACACACACACUGGAGCAUGUGUAAAGACGCUGAAUGGUAUUACUCAUACAAAAGUGUAGUAUCAUCUUUUAUCUUGCUCAUAUUCAAAGUUGCUGGAAAAUACAGAAUUAUUUUUCAUAGAAAAUUUUUACUUUUGCAUGUUAAAAAGCUGCUUGAAAUUUUUUAACCAACAAAUAUUCCCUAAUAAAAAAAAUCGCAACCUGCUCUGUUCAGGAAUUUAAUUUUAUUAUUAUUAUUUGAUGUUGAGAUAAAGAUGGAUAAUACAAUGACUACAGAAUAGUUCUUUUUAAAAGAUUGAAAGAAGGAUUCACAGAAGUUUUGUUUCAUGGUAUCUAUUUUUAACAUGGAUUGCUGGGUAUUUUUGUCUUUUUCAUAUAGUAGUUAUAUACCUAGGAAUGACUUUGCAUGUUCAGGGCAGGUAGUUAGCUGGUUGGCUGUUACAUGAGAAAGGGAAGUGAGGAGGGAAAAAUGAAACAAAACUUUCACAAGAAAAAAUCUUACACUUUUCUGUAUUUUUUCCCCUCAUGAAACCCUUCAGGGUAUUGAGCUUUGCCAUCUGCAUAGCACAGGUGAAAUAGUACAGCAGUAUGAUAUGGAGGUAGCAAAAAACAAGAAAAUGUUUUUUAAAAAACACUCAAAGUUGUAUUUGUUUCUGUAUCGUGGAAGUGAGCAAGAAGUGUUUUUAAAGGUGGGGGUUUAAAAACAAUUUCAAUGUACUAGUUGCUAGUAUUAGCUGCAUACAUAGUGUUCAUACUUUAUUCAUUUUUUUUAAGUCGAUUUUGUGUUAAAUUCUUUCCAGGCACGAUUACUGCAGCACAAGGGUCAAUGUAGGAAAAGCCUUAAAAACUCCUUGACGUGUUGAUUCCGUUUUGAAGUCACCCCAAAUAUCACACUCCCAGUGGCAUAGAUGAAGUUUUGUACUUUAAAAGCUGAACUGAUCUUGUUGCUCGGUAAGACUGGUGCCCACUCACUCCAUGUUAGGACUGUCCCACCCCCACCCCCAUUAUGGAAAUAUAUGGAAUGUUGGCUUUAAGUCCAUUUAGUACCUGAUCAAAGAUGGAGCAUGACUAGACUAUAGGCCCUCUAUUUACCCAUAGAAUAUGCACAGCCUGGAGACAGCUAGACAAAAUGCUGUCAGCAUGCCUCAGCCUGUUGUUAGAAGCUAAUUCAUUUUCCUUGUCCCUUAAUUUACUUUACUUCUUAAUUUUCUGCUGAAUUGCUGACAAAAGUAUUGGCCGUGAAGAAGGGUUUCAUGAUGUGAGUGUUUCAUUGUGCCUCAGCAGCACAAAGCCACCCAGCUCAUAACCUUCUCAUUAGAUGUGUGUGUGGAAUUAAUUUGGUUUUUCUCAGUAAAGUUUCAUAUUUUUUACCCUGAUUUUUCUGUGUGGUCUUCUCAGUACUCUGCAGUAGUAUCUAUGUCUGUGGGUAUCUCAUUGUAAACAACCAUUUAGGUUUUGUAGAGGAUGUAGUUCCUUCAUGUACUAAAAAGCAGGUAAAGAUAGUUAGCCAUGUUAGUCUGAGGUUAGGCAGCAGGUAGAUAGUUAACUUACAUUAUUGUUCCCAAGCAGUUGAUGGGUGGAGAGGAAGACAGGGUUUUCCUCUCUCAUGCAGUUUUUAUUUACCACUUGUAUAUGAGUAAUUAAUAAAGAAGAUUCACUACUUAUAAAUACUUUGCUACUUGCUGGUACAGGGGGAGUUAGGAUCAUGCACAGGCAAACAAUCACACCUCCUGCCAUGCCUGUGUGUGGCAUGUCAGGAAGCACGAUUGUGAGGAUCCCACAUCAGAUCCCAUCCUGCCUUCAUUUACAUGGGGGCCUUGGAGCAGAACUGAGAGGUUGUAUUAAGCCUCAUGACACUCUCUGAUGUGCAUGCCCAGUUUGUACACUGAGAUUUGUGCAUGCAUGCAUGCAUGGUUACAAUUUACAAACAUGAAUUUGUUGUAGGAUGCACUCAAAAUCUGAGCUGCUUUUUCUGCUUCUGACUUUUACUAAUACUUCACAGACUAAAGCCUUUAUAAUGUGUCUUAAAGCUUGCAAGUGCCUUUGUGUUACAGCAGUAUCCAAAUAAAUUAUGUUUUAUUUCCUACAAAUAUAAGCUAAUGAAAAUGUUUGAAACUUG